CAUGCGUAAUAACAGAAGCAACGCGGAGCUUGACAGAGUCAGCGGCAGUGCGUCUUCUGCGCUUUCCCCUACCGCCUCCCGGCAGCAAAAUGGCGACUAUAGACGGUGAUGUACCCAUGGAACCGGAGCUGGAAAUGAGUGACGAAGAGUUGGAAAGGGAAGCAGAAGGCUUCAAAGAACAAGGGAACGCCUUUUACAUAAAGCAGGACUACGCUGAAGCAUUAAACUACUACACAAAGGCUAUCGAUGCAAGCUCUAAGAAUGCCAGUUACUAUGGCAACAGGGCCGCCACCCUGAUGAUGCUCAACCGCCACAGGGACGCUCUGGAGGACGCCCAGCAGGCAGUGCGGCUGGACGACACCUUCACCAAGGGCCACCUGCGGGAGGGAAAGUGCCACCUGUGCCUGGGCAACGCCAUGGCCGCCAGCCGCUGCUUCCAGCGGGUCCUGGAGCUGGAGCCCGACAACACCCAGGUGCAGCAGGAGCUGAAGAACGCAGCAUCCAUUCUGGAAUAUGAGAGGAUGGCAGAGUUCGGCUUUGAAAAGAGGGACUUCAGGAUGGUGGUGUUCUGUAUGGACCGAGCCCUGCAGUCUGCCUCAGCCUGCCAUCGCUUCAAAAUCCUCAAGGCUGAGUGCCUGGCUCUGCUGGGACGCUACUCUGAGGCUCAGUCUGUGGCCAGUGACAUCCUGCGCAUGGACUCGACCAACGGGGAUGCCCUGUACGUGCGCGGCCUGUGUCUUUACUACGAGGACUGCAUCGAGAAGGCCGUGCUCUUCUUCACCCAGGCCCUGCGCAUGGCACCCGACCACGAAAAAGCCCGGCUGGCCUGCAGAAACGCCAAAGCACUGAAAGCCAAGAAGGAAGAAGGGAACCGAGCGUUUAAAGAGGGGAACUAUGACGAGGCCUACAAGCUGUACUCCGAGGCGCUCACAAUAGACCCCAACAACAUUAAAACCAACGCCAAGCUGUACUGCAACAGAGGCACCGUGGGCUCCAAGCUGAACAAACUGGAGCAGGCCAUCGAAGACUGCACAAAGGCCAUUAAGCUGGACGACACCUACGUCAAAGCCUACUUACGGCGGGCGCAGUGUUAUAUGGACACGGAGCAGUACGAGGAAGCCGUGCGGGACUACGAGAAGGUCUGUCAGACCGAGAAGACGAAAGAACACAAGCACCUGCUGAAGAACGCACAGUUGGAGCUGAAGAAGAGCAAGCGGAAAGAUUACUACAAGAUCCUGGGGGUGGAGAAAACCGCCACGGAGGACGAGAUUAAGAAGGCGUACCGGAAACGCGCCCUCAUGCACCACCCAGACCGUCACAGUGCAGCCAGCGUGGACGUGCAGAAGGAGGAGGAGAAGAAAUUUAAGGAGGUGGGCGAGGCCUUCACUGUGCUCUCCGACCCCAAGAAGAGAUCCCGAUAUGACAGUGGUCAGGACCUGGAGGAGGACGGCAUGAACAUGGGAGAUUUCGAUGCCAACAACAUCUUCAAGGCGUUCUUUGGAGGCCCAGGGGGCUUCAGCUUUGAGGCGUCCGGACCUGGGAACUUCUUUUUUCAGUUUGGAUAAGGGCGGACACGGUACGCAGGACUCCCCCCAUUAGUAAUACCCAGCCUCCCUUUCUCUCAAUCCGCCACCGCCGUUCCACUCAGAACCGAAGAGCAGCAGCCUACCCUCCACACCGCCCUGGGAACACGAAGGGGGAGAGGCGCCCUGCUUCUGUCUGCGAUGCCGCUUCACACCUGGGCCUGCGGCUCUGAACGGAACUGCCACGGAACCUCAUUUGAAUACAUUUCCACGGGGACCGGGCCUUGAGAUUCGAGCCCUUGAAACAAACUGGAAAGCACGCCUCCCUCCUCCCUGAGGAAGGAGAACGGUGAACAUGUGAAAGCUCGUAGCGCUGUAAAUACAUUGAAAGUUACCCAGUUCAUUUCAGCUUCACAAGCAGCAUGGCGGAUUGGAAAUGCACACGCUGCCUGGAGCUCUAAGGGAAAGGUUGUUUUUGCUGUAGCUGUCAGUAACGCACUGGUGUGUGAGAAGGUGGGGUGGCAGGGUCUGAAAUUAAAAUUAAACUCAAGACAAAUAC